AUGCAGUUCUGCAGAAAGGUGCUCUGCAAGCCAUGUAGUGCCAGAGUCACUUCACCAGAGGAGGACAUGGAAUACAAGAUGGGGAGCUGCAUCGGAAUCUCACGAAGACAGGCCGAAGCUCCCUCUAAGAGUUUGACCCAGAGGAACGACAGAGCGCUUCUGACCGUAACCUCGACCAGCCAGCAGAGUCUGCUGUCCGAACCAGUGCUCCCAGACGUCCCAGUUAUCACCGGAGUGGAGGAGAGCAGAGGUGAAUCUGGAGACCAGGACGAGCUUGAGUUUCCACAUGACCUCCUGCCCAGUCUAGACUUUAGCAGUGAGCUCAACAUAUGGGAGUCCUCGUUGGGACCCCUCCCAUCUCUGGAGUCUCCUCAGCUAGAGUUUCUUACUCCGACUGAAGAAAUAGCUGCCCCUCUGAGACAAGAGGAGAUACAACCACCAGAUCGAGCAGCAGAGAAGACAACGGAGAUACCACCUCUGAAUCUUUUGAAGAAGCCAGUGGAUCUUCCUAAACCUUUAAAAAAGACAACAGAGCUCCUAGAACCAACACGGAGCAAGAAAGUAGAGCUCCCAGAAGAAUUGAAGAAAGUAGAGCUCCCAGAAGAAGCGAAGAAAGUAGAGCUCCCAGAAGAAGCGAAGAAAGUAGAGCUUCAAAAAGCAACCCAGCAGACAGUAGAGCUCCCAGAAGAAGUUAAGAAAGUAGAGCUCCCAGAAGAAGCGAAGAAAGUAGAGCUUCAAAAAGCAACACAGCAGACAGUAGAGCUCCCAGAAGAAGUUAAGAAAGUAGAACUUCAAAAAGCAACACAGCAGACAGUAGAGCUCCCAGAAGAAGUGAAGAAAGUAGAGCUCCCAGAAGAAGCGAAGAAAGUAGAGCUUCAAAAAGCAACUCAGCAGACAGUAGAGCUCCCAGAAGAAGUGAAGAAAGUAGAGCUCCCAGAAGAAGCGAAGAAAGUAGAGCUUCAAAAAGCAACACAGCAGACAGUAGAGGUCCCAGAAGAAGUGAAGAAAGUAGAGCUCCCAGAACCAACACAGCAGACAGUAGAGCUCCCAGAAGAAGUGAAGAAAGUAGAGCUCCCAGAACCAACACAGCAGACAGUAGAGCUCCCAGAAGAAGUGAAGAAAGUAGAGCUCCCAGAACCAACACAGCAGACAGUAGAGCCCCUGGAACUAACACAGAGUACAAAAGUAGAGCUCCUAGAAGAAGUGAAGAAAAUAGAGCUACCACAAACAACCAAAAAGGAAGAAGAGCCUCAAGAAGAGCUCCCAGAACCAAAAGGUGAGCCAGUAACUUCAUCAGAAAUAGCAAAACAGCCAACUGAGCUCCUAGAACCAACAAAAAGCCCGGAAGAGCUCCCAGAACCAACGAAAGAUGAAGUAGAGAUCCCAGAACCAACAAAGACGUCAACAGAGCCAACAGAACCCGAGAGGAGGCUCAGCAGUGAGCUGCCGGAGGAGCUCGUGGAAAGACCUGUAGAGAUCCUACCUGAGGAGCCAUCCAAAGGGCCUGCUGAGGAAACUGCAGAGACAGAAACAAUCCAGGACCCUACUGAGGAGCUACACGACAGCGGGUCCUCCAUCGCUGAGCAGGCAGUGAGAGGCGACCGUGUCCUUGCCUCUCCCCCACCUCCCACCUCCGAAUACCACCUCCCGCCUGCCCUCCCUGCUCACCUCCAAGACACCACAGAAUUUCCCACUCCUCCUCCUACACCCCCGGAGAGGCACACUCCUGAAGCUCUACCAACCCCACCUGCAUCUCCCUGCUUCCCUCCUCCUCCUUCUCCUCAAGCCCUCUCCUUCCCUCCUGUACCUCCUGCUUCCCAGUGGGAGGACCACUGCCCUGCUUCUGCACCCUGCCAUCCUCCUUUAAGGAGCUCAGACUCUGAUGGAGCGUUUGAGACCCCUGAAGCCACAACCCCAGUGAAGACUGUUUCUCCUAUAGAUCCCCCAACCCAGCAACUAACGUCCGAUGACACAGUAGCAGACACAUCAGUCAGUCCUCCUGCCUCUGAAUUGACUCCAGACGAUGCACCAUGUCGUUCCCCAUCUAUUGUUUUUGACGAGGACAGGCCCAUUGCAGCCAGCGGCCAAUACAACAUCGAGGUUACCGGAGAUUCAACGAGUCACACUCUGACCCGCUCCCUCAGCCUCCAGGGAGGAGAACUAGAGAGUGCUGCUCUGUUGGACGGAUCCUCAGUGGGAGGCUUCCGUCAACAUUCUGAAUCCUUCAGUGUAGGCACCGAGAGCGCUCCAGGGACCCUCCACAGGCCCAAGAAAGUCCGCCCUGGGUCUUUGAAGAAGAAGCCUCUUCUCAGACAGAACUCCGACCCAGAGAGUCCGAGCCCUGCCUCAUCCAGUAGCACCCCGGAGACCAAGAAGCGAGCGAAGCCCCGAACUGCUAGCCCUCUCCAGCCUCAGGAGGAAGCAGAGGGAGGUUCUGCGACCCCCAGCCCUGGAGGAACCCUUCGCAGGACCAGGAAGAUCCGAGUGGAGACCCCUCCUCCCCUGCCGGAGGAGACCACCCACACCAGCCAAGAGGAGAGCCUUGUCAUCCCUGCCUUGCCCUUGUGCCAGGAGGAGACCCCUCUUGUGAGUAGUCCAACAGCUGGAGAAGAAUCCCCCAUCCCCCCUAGUACCUCCUACAAAUGGGAUCCAGAUAAUUUUGAGAACAUCGAUCCUUUCAAUACUGGAGGUAGUAGAAUUGCCAAUUCCCCCGAUCUGGGUCGUAAAGGCCCUGUGUGUGCCUCCAUCGCUACCCCUCCAGAGAGUCCCUCUGUCUCUGCUGUAGAGCCGGGUCCCCCAGCUCCUCUUCAAGAGCCAACCACCAACCCUGAAGAGCAACCCAUUAUCCCCAAGCGUCAGUCAGUAAGGCUGGAGUUUGACUACUCUGAGGAGGGCAGUGAGGCGUCACACCAGGCCUCUCCCCCACCCAAGAAAUUGGGCAAGAAGCCCGGUGCCAAGAUGCCUCUGAGGAAACCAAAGCUGGGGCUGAAGAAGAACCCUCCAGUGCAGACGGAGCAGCUGGACAACAAUCCUCCAGCAACCCACAAUGGCAACGAGGAGGAAAUCCCCCCUCCCGCAGUCUCUUACAAGUUUGAACCUGACAAGUGGGAUGAUCCCAACUUCAAUCCAUUCACUUCUAAGAAAGGCAUCCCCAACUCCCCCAAACUGUCCCGGCCUUCUUAUUCCUUUGACACCAAUAACUUUGAUGACUCUGAAGACCCUUUCAAAUCCACCAAUAAGAUGGCCAACUCCCCUCCCAAGGCCUCUGCGUCCUUUGAACUGUCAUCCAAUGACUAUGACAAUGAAAAUGACAACGACAACAUUGGGGAACUGGAGGACCAAAAUCAAAACAAACCGGGCAAGAAGAAGAAAACUCCGAUCAAAUCUAAUACUUUCAGAGUGAAAAGGUCGCCAAAGAAAUCCCCAUUGUCCGACCCAUCCCAGGAUCCUUCGCCCACAGAUGAAACUCCCUCUUUCCGCCAACAGGACGACCACGCCACAGACGAGGAGAAGCUGGCCUCCUCCACCAGUCACAAGUGGGCCGCCCUGCACGACAUGGAUUCAGAUUUAAACUCUGACCAGCAGGACUUCCCUCAGCCAUGCGACCUUACUUCCUUUGUUAAUGAGAACAGUCUUCCUCAUCAGACUCCAGUGCAAGACUAUGAAAUUGAGUACAUGGAGAAGCUUGGUUCUGCCUCCCCACCGCUGUCUGUGAAGAAGCCGUCUUUGUACUUGAAGUUGGACUCAGUAUCUGACAGCUUAACCAAGAGUACGACGUGUCCACAUGUAUCUGAGCCCAGGUCCCCCUGCACAGGAAGCUUUGAGGAGAUGGAAGCCCAGAUAACAGCGGGAAUGAAGACACCAGUGCUGAACUCCCGGCCCGUUCUCGAGGGCUCCACUGUGGACAAGGGCAGGAAGAGAGAGAGCGAGGCUCUCAGCCGAACACAGAGCGCAGAGAGGGAUGAGAAGCCCCCUUACCAGGGCCCUGUGGAGGCCCCUGCUCCAGUCCCGGCCAUGCCCCUGUUAGAAAGGCUGUCUGAGUGUGACGACCUCCUGCAGUACCUGGAGCCUGACCUGGCUGAGACCAACCCCACCGCAUUCGCCCAAAAACUACAGCACAGAGACGUGUCUUCUCCAUUAGAGAGUGGCGUGUCCAAGAACUCUCUGUACACCAGGACCACCACCAGCUACAUCGAAGGGGAGAGUCCCCACCUGCCCAGAGAGCUGGACCACUCGCUGGGAAUUGCACGAGAGGAGAUUGUGACAAAGGAGAAAGAAGUGCUGGAGUGGCAGAGGAAAUAUGAAGACAGCCGACAGGAAGUGGGGGAGAUGAGGAGGAUUGUUGCUGAGUAUGAGAAGACGAUUGCACAGAUGAUAGAGGAUGACCAGAAAGAGAAGUCUCUGUCCCACCACACCAUCCAGCAGCUGAUCAUGGAGAAGGACCAGGCCUUGGCCGACCUCAACUCUGUAGAAAAGUCUCUGGCCGACCUCUUCCGACGUUACGAGAAGAUGAAAGAUGUACUGGAGGGCUUCCGCAAGAAUGAAGAGGUUCUGAAGAAAUGCGCUCAGGAGUAUCUGUCCAGGGUCCGCAAGGAGGAACAGCGUUAUCAAGCCCUGAAGAUUCACGCAGAGGAGAAACUAGACAGGGCCAAUGCAGACAUAGCUCAGGUGCGGGUCAAAUCCAAGCAGGAACAGGCCGCUCACCAGGCCAGUCUGAGGAAGGAGCAGAUGAAGGUGGAAUCUCUGGAGCGCACUUUGGAGCAAAAGAACAAAGAGAUCGAGGAGUUGACAAAGAUCUGUGAUGAGCUGAUCGCCAAGAUGGGGAAGAGUUAGCGACCACACCACACCCAGGUCAAAUCUCACAGAGAAGAGGAGUGGUUGUUGGAAGAAAAAAACAACAACCUGGAACAUAAAGCGGAUCAGCAAUGUCUUCCACUCUUCGAAGGACUGAUGGACGUUUAAGGCCAAAACGGUCUCUGGGUUAAAUUUCCUACUGACUUUGUGUAUACAGAAUCCACAGGAAUGACUUCCCCCUAAUCACUCUGUACAUUUUUGAUAUGUCAGUGUAUCGUACUGUAUCAGGGGUCUGGUUUAAAGUUUUAGAAAAUGUAUCAUAUCACUAACGUGUGUGUCUGUGCGUGAGAGUGCGUGUGUGAUAAUGGGAAAGAGAGAGCAUUGUUUGUGGGUUAAAUUAUCUAUAAUUAUGUUGCCAUGACAGCCACUGAGGGAGAAGACUGUUUACCUGUCCCUUUUGUUGUCUCCUCUUGAUACAAGAGAAAAGAUAAGACUUUGAAAAAGAGUAACAGAGAUUUAGAUUCAUUUAUAAUAAUGUUCAUACACCACUAAGAGAACACAAACUAUCACAAUAGCUUACUGCAUGAGGGAGAGAAAAGAAGAACUUGUAAUGUUUUAUGUUUGUAUAUACUGUAGGAAAUUAUGAAAAAGAUUCACUGCAUUUUUGAUAGUUAUUCUGUCAUCCUUGGCACGCUUCGUUCAUGUAACCUUGUAGAUAUUUGUCAUACUCGUCAUAGCUUUCUUGAUGAAAUUGUGCGACUAUUUUUUGGGAUUUUAUUUUGAUAAAAAGCAAACUAAUCGUGACCUUAUUCAGUCGUGGCCAGGAGUAAUUUAAUUGUGGAUGGAUAUGUCCUAGUUCUGCUGUGGUCGUUGUGUCACACUGAGAAAUAACUUUUCUGCACAGCUGCUGUACAGCAUCUGCUUACAAAGUGCAAUAAAAGAUGGCAAUACAGCACACUGUAUCAGUUUAGUUGAUGAUGACCAAUGAUACAUCAGGAUUAAGUUAUGAUCCUGAUUUCUUGACAUUGUGAUGCACUGAUGUAUUAUCGAUGUUGGUUUGGGGGUUUUCUUUUCUCUUACUUUAGAUCUGUGAUUCCCAAUCAGGGGUAUGGAGUACAGCGGUAUGUGGAAAAAAACUGAAAGUAUGGUAGAAUAUACAAAUUAUAUUAUAAAGAUACAUACAUUUGUAUUUAGGACAAAAAAAUACUAUUAGAAAAUUACUGUGGGGCUGAUCAUAAGCACAUUUAUU